AUGCAGUCUCUGUUCGGCGGAGGGGAGCUGGGGCUGCUGGGAGGAGGCGGCGACGCGGGGGGCCUGAAGGAGGAUGGCUGUGGCAGCAUGGCGUGGCGCUCCUCACCCCUGCCCCCCGACGACGUCUACUCUGCCUCCCACUUUGCCCUUAUCACGGCCUAUCAGGACAUCAAGACGAGGCUGGCCUGCCUGGAGCGAGAGAACACCAGUAUCAAGAGAAAGCUGAAGAUCUAUGAGAUCAAGUUCCCGAUGAUCAGCGAGUUUGGGGAGGACACCAACUCCUACUGCUCUUUCGAGAGCAAGGAGACGGCGCUGCUGCACUCAGAAAAUGGCAACCUGCAGCAGAGAGUCAACGUCCUGACCCACGAGCUCCAGAAGAGAAAGGAGAGAGAGGAGCAGCUGGAAGAUGUGAUCCAGGCCUACGAGAAGAUUCACAUGGAGAAGAGCAACCUCCAGAGGGAUCUCGACAAAAUGACCAGCCUGGUGGAGAAGCAUGUCGAGCGCAUCCUGAACCUGGAGUCAGCUCUGAGGCAGAGAGACAACUCCCUGCAGAAACUCAACAUGCAGCUGCACAGCAAAGACAUGCAGUACCUGCAGCUGCACGCCGGUCCAGACGCACACAUGCUGGACUGUCCUGCCCUGACCCUGCAGAGCUCCCGCAGCCUGGACGCCCUGUCCGACCUGAAGCUGCAGCGGCUGGAGGCCGAGCUGGAGGGGGCGCGGCACGAGGCCCAGGGGGCGUGUCAGCGGGAAGAGGAGCUGAAGGCUGAGGUCGAGAGAAUGAAGGAGGAGAUGAGACAGCUGCAGAACAGCCAGAGGGAGAGGGAAAUGACUUCUCCGUGCAAGCAGUGUGAUGUGGAGUGGAUAAAGAAGGUGGGAGAUGAGCAGGUGAAUCUGGCUCUGGCCUACACAGAGUUAACGGAGGAGCUGGGGCGCCUCCAAACACUGAGCUCCAAGCAGACGGAGAUCCUGAGGAAAGCCUCACAGGAGCAGGCCAGUCCAGUCCAGCUCCACUCUCCCAUCCACCACCAGCGCCACUCUCCAGUAUCUCAGCGCCACUCGCCCAUCUCACAGCGCCAUUCUCCGGUCCCGCCUCCGCCUCACCACUCCCCAAUCCAACAGAGACGCUCCCCGGUGCUGCAGCGCCUCUCACCAGACAUGCACCGCCGCUCGCCCCUGCUGGACGUCAACAACGGGCCGGCCUCUUACUCCUGCCGGCCGCCCAGCCAGCACCUGAGGGCCAGCUUCCAGGGCCGCCGAAGUUACUCCGAGGUCGCCGACCCCUCGGCUUACCAGUGCCCGCCCCGCUUCUCUCUGGACCCUGUCUCCACCCUGCCUAAGCCCCGGCCUUACGUUGAGGGCUACCCAAAACAACAGCCCCAACAUGUGGGUUCGGCUCAUGGUGGACUGCAGCACAGGGGUUCCCCGUCUCCCCAUCAAGGUGGUGCGGGAGGAGAUGGGGGCCUCGGGGAGGGCUCCAUGCGCCACUCCAGAGAGAUGCCAUUCCCACUUUCUGAGGUGGCCCACCUUCAUUUUGAGCCCCCUCCUCCUUCUACACCGGCCCCACAGCCUCCACAUUCCUCAGAAGAUGAGGAGGAGUGGACCUGCCCUCAUCCCAUCAGCCCGCCGCGGACGCUGGGGGCGCUUUCCGCCGCAGUGCCCAGCGGUGUCAUGAGAGGCCCGGCGUCCUGCUCAGCCUUCCCCAUCCCUCAGAGGCCUAACACCCUCAGCUGCCACCCGCAGCCGGGGUACAUGUCUGCAGAGCACGCUCAGUCCUGGCCUUCAAUCAAUCUCUGGAUGGAGACCGAGGAGAGCGACAUGCGGAGCUGCCCUCUCUGCCAGCUGAUAUUCCCCGUUGGUUACCCUGACGAUGCCCUCAUCAAGCACAUCGACUCCCACCUGGAGAACAGCAAGAUCUGAUUGCCAUGGCAACCAGUCCUCACAUACACAACACACAGACACACACACACACACACACACACACACAUCUGCGCUCUCCUCUUAUAGAUUACGUAAGAGACCGGCAGACAGGCCAUCCAUUUAGAACCAGUCAGCUGUGUGAGAAUCUACAGGUAGGGAUGCAAAAUGGCACAGGGGCCUGUUUUAUUUGGGGAAGUACUUAAACACACGGGUCCGUCUUGGAUUUGUGAGUCCACGUGCAGAGUCCUUCACUGAUCGCCCUUGAGGCAGCUCUGCCUGUAUAAUCACUGGCUCUGGUUGCUGCUGUUUUGUUAUGAGUCUUGUUGUGUGGUUUCAGACAGUUUCAGGUGUCGUGUUGUUUUUCAGCUUCACAGUGUCGUACACACGUAUACACACACGUACGCACACACGUACACACGUACACACACACACACACA